ACCAUAACUGCAGCUGAAACCAGAAGGAAAUGAGUUGCCUCCGUGGUUGCUUCAGAGACAGAGGUCCUCGCGCAGAGACAGAAGCUAUGAAAAGGCAAAGCUCUGGUCAGGAGCAUGAGAUUAUUGAAUUACAAGAAGGUAAUGUGGAGGAAAGUGAGGCUGAUCAUGACAAGCCUCUAAAUGCUCGAACAAGAAAGGAGAGAAAUCACUGGAAGUCAUGCAGGAAUGUAGUUUUCUGGAAGUGUAAACUAUGGAUGGUUAUAGCUACAAUUUUUCUAGUAUUCUUCCUGGUCAUUCUCAUCAGCCUAAUUCUUUAUUCUAAUGUUUACACAGAUGAGGAUGACUAUUGGGAUCCUGAUGCAUUACUGAAUAGCGGAAAUUGUUGCAAUUUUUCGGGAACAUUGGAGUUAAUGUGUGGUCUCCCACACCUUUUCUCUGAAGACAUUACUAAGAGGUUAACAGAUGUCUACAGUUCAUCUCCAUCUCUAGGACGCUACUUUAGGUCAGCUGAGGUGGUUUAUUUCAGUAAUGAAAGCUCCACUGUAUUUUAUCAGCUAGAGUUUUCUGUACCACCAGCAGCAGAGGGGUUUAUGGAAAACACAAUGAACCCAGAUUUUAUAAGGAAUGUUUUACGUCAAAAUAUUUAUGAUGAAGAUGAUACUUUUAAUCCUGGGACAUCUGAAUGUAACAGAUUAAAGCUUGACCCGACUUCUCUCACAUUAACGUAGAAAUGAUGGAAAGACUCCUCAUCUUCCUUACCACCUAGAAGAGAUGGGCUUCUCCUAUCUAUUAGUAAUCCCCGGGUAGGGAGCUAUUCAUUAGGUAGAAACACUUCUGAAGUUGUUGUCCUGUAAAUACUGUCUGUGUUGCAAUAUUGUAAAUGGAAUAUGUGGUAUAUUUAUAACAGUGUUGUACUCCUAUAACACCACUACCUCCUUCUUUAUUGUUGUCCUGAUAUCUCAAUAACCCAUUUCACUCUUGUGAAAAUCAUGUAUCUUGUCUGACGCAUGCUCUGUUGACUUUCAAACCUCUGCUUUGUCUUGUCUUACGACUAAAUCUGGAUUCCCUGCACAAGCUUUAAAAGCAGUCUUGCACAUGGCUCCUUUCUUCUUUUCUUGGCUUAUCCAAAAUUAUCUGCACAGCUUCAUCCUUAAUGGUUACUUCCACCCAUGCUCAUGUCUGUUACUUUUUUCCCUGCUAACUUCAUAUGCCAUGUUUCCCCGUUUUUCUUUUGUCAUAAAACAGCCUGAAAACUUAAAUAUCCUCUCUAUUUUCUUUAAUUACAUGCAAGACCUUUGCACUAACUUCUUAAGUGAGCUUCAACUCUCAUCAUUCCCUUGUUCAUCCUACAGUCUUCCUGGAUAAGGUGGCAUCUGCUCUAUUUUUUUCUUCUGUAAUGUGAAAUAGAAAUGAAGGAAGAAACAUCAGGAAGAAACAUGUCUUGUUUGCUAAUGCAUCUGAAUGCCACAGGAAUCUUUCAAGGGUCAAAUCAGCUGUGUGCUUUAAAAAUUAGCUACUGGUACUAGUGAAUAGACAGCUAUUUGACCUGCAUUUGUAAAUUCAGGGAGAAACUAGUCUAUACCCUUAAUUACAGUCCCUGUCCCAGCAGUGGGGAUAAAAAUGAACAGAUGCAAGAUAUUUGCCUUAAUAAGGCAGCAAAUAGUUGUUCUUGUUGACAAGAGAUCAGAUGAGAUGGACCAAAGCCCAGAGGAAGGUGCUGAAGCAGACCAUGUAGGCUAGCGUGGCAUGAGAGUUAUAGCCAGUAACUGGCUAUAACAUGAAAAUUAAAAAUUAAGCAUUAACUUUAUGCAGAAUGGAAUGGGUUCACUACCGUGUUAGUGAAGUAUAGCUUCUUGUCAUUUGUUUAUAGCCACUAUAAAUGUUAGUACUGUUGGAUAGACAAAUUUGUUUUAAGAAACCUUUUGUAUUGUGAGAAAUAUCUUGUGGGAAAUUGUGUUUCUCUUUUUCUACUAUUACUAGUUUAUUUAAGGAGUAAUCUGACAAUUUUACUGUGCAUUAAAUUAUUUAUUUUUACU